AUGCGCAUCUUCACAUCAGGCCUUCUGGUCUGGCAACUGUCAUUGCUUACCAUAGUAUUGGCUUUCCCGGGGUCAAUGAACGGCCACAAUGGCCACUCAGGACAUCAAAAAAUGCACAAAAUUUGCCCAUAUGCCAACGUCCAGGACCAAUCCAAGCCAAAGACGGAACAUGAAAAGCGGUUUCUCUUCAGUCUGAUGAAAUCCCCUGUUGAUAUUACCGGCAAACAUGCAUUCCAACCUCCGGACUUCGAGAAUGGUGACCAGCGAGGCCCCUGUCCGGGCCUUAAUGCACUUGCAAAUCAUGGAUAUAUUCCGCGGAGUGGAGUGGUUUCGUUCUUAGAAGUGAUUGCAGCAAUCAACAAAGUGUAUGGUAUGGGUGUUGAUCUGGCUACCAUCCUUGCGAUUAUGGGCACCGUCUGGACUGGGGACGUGAUAUCCCUCGCUCCCAGCUUCUCCAUCGGGGGUCCCGAUACUGGUGUUAACAACUUACUGAAUAACUUGGGGGGCGUCCUUGGCGAACCCCAAGGCCUGAUUGGCUCGCACAAUUUUAUCGAAGCCGACUCCUCCAACACGCGUGACGAUCUCGACGUUACAGGCAACAGCUGGACGCUGAACAUGGACAAGUUCAUGACUUGGUAUAAUAUGUCUUCCGACGGCACUUAUGAUAUGAGUCUUAUGGCUGAACGUGCAAAGAUCCGUAUGGAGCAGAGUAUCCAUACAAACCCUGAUUUCUAUUAUGGACCCGUGACGGGGCUCAUUGCGCGCAACGCCGGUUAUAUUUUCGCAGGUCGGCUGUUCCGAAACCACUCGCGAGAAAACCCAGAGGGCACAUUGACUAAGAGCCAUCUCCGUAAUUUCUAUGGCAUUUACGGGCCGGAACAUAACUUGACCUACCGAGAAGGGUGGGAAAGGAUUCCUAAGAAUUGGUAUAAGACCCCUGUGGACUACGGACUUAUCUCACUCAAUCUGGAUAUCAUUGGAUUCAUAUUGAGAUAUCCGGAGCUUGGAAGCAUUGGAGGGAAUAUGGGUGAAGUAGACAGCUUUGCAGGAGUUGAUCUAGGAGAUCUGACAGGUGGUGUCUUGAAUUUGGCUGGCCUGCUGAAGGAUAACAACUUACUGUGCUUUGUGACUGAGGUGCUGAAGUUCGCCAGUCCCAACGCGCUUGCUGGGAUAUACUCGACCAUUGCUAAGCCGUUGGAGUUUGUCACUAAUAUCCUUGCUGUGCCUUUGCUCAACCUUACUUGUCCGGCAUUCCAAGAUCUUCAGAUGGGAGGGAAGCCGUUAUGGGACGCUCUUCGAGAUGACUUCCCUGGUGCUUUGAAGAGCAAUCGUUCGCUUUAG